GUGGUGUUUUUCAAAACCCACCAGGCCGCCCUUCAUUUUUUUAGGACGCGCAGCCCCGACAAGGGCCUUAUUCUUUCUUGCGAGACGCGGUUCACAUCUGUUUACUCCAUGCUAGAGAGGUCGUUGGCCCUGCAGGACACUCUGCAGGACAUGAUGCGAGGGGACAACGUGCGGGCUUUUGCUUCCAUCUCGUGGUCCGCCGAUGUGUGCGUCAUCGCGCGUUGGGUGCGCCGACAGAUCAGAUGGGAUCCAUGGUGGCAGAGGGUGGCCACCAUCGUCCAUAUCAUGCAGCCCGUCAUGGAGUUGCUCAGGCGGAUGGAUCGUGGAGGACAGUACAUGUCCCUCAUGAUCGAGUGGACGCAAGAUCUUGUCCGCCGUGUCACGGACGCAUGCGCCCCUUUGCGGAAGUCAUUCGCCGACCUGAUCCUCAUGCGUGUGCAGGCUCGCACACAGCACAUGCUUGAGCCGUCUCACUGCGCAGGGUUCUUACUGAACCCCCGCAGGCGACACGUUCGCUACUUUUCGGGGCAGGUAGAGCGGUACGAUGCUUGGCUUGUGGGGCAAGCCAAGAAGUACAUUCUGACGCAGACGGGAUUCCAGUUGGAGGGUGCAGAGUACAUCCUUGCAUGUCGGCAGUUUAAAGACUUCCACAUUCAGCAGGGAAGGUUCGGGGAUUGGGGCGGGCCGGAGGGGCGUGCUCGUGGGCGCGCGUACAACGACGGCAGCGAGACGAUUCAAAGCGUGUCUUGGUGGUCUCUGUUCGGGUCUCGCGCGCCAGAGUUGCAGCGUUGUGCUCUUCUGGUGAUGCAAAUGUGGUCUUGCGCCUCUCCAGCGGAGAGGAACUGGGCAGCCCACGAGGGCAUUCACACGAAGAAGCGCAAACAGUUGGCCUUCGAGAAGGUCGCGCAACUCGUUAAGAUCACCGUAAAUGUGCGGUCGACUGAGUAUCGGCGGGCUAGAUGCGGUUACAUGCUGCCAUGGCAGCGGGACGAGGGCAUGCUGGAUUGCCAGGCAGGACUCGAGUUGGAGUCUGUGCGCACGGGGACUCGCAAGGGGAUGACGGAGGAGGAGAUUGCCCGUCAGGCCUUGCAGAGUCUCCCUCUAGGUCAUCCCUCUUUCCAAUGGCCACCUCUUCGUUUCCCCGAUGACGUCGUUCCGCCGCCCCCGUCGACCGCUGCCCCCUCGCAAGUGGCGCCAUCUCUAUGUGCACCACUUGCUCCCCUCCCCCCUCGUCCGCUUCGUCAGAUGAUUCCCACAUCCGUUGAUGGCAGACCAUCUGUGGCAACGCAGCCUGAUGCGCAAGGCACCGUGCCAGUUUCAGGUGUCGGGGAACCUGUGUCGUUCAACGAGCAAGGCACUCGUGCUUUCGUCGAGGGCGGUGGGUGGGGGAAGGACACUGGCACAUCAUCAGGCCUCGCCCCGUUGUUCACUGGCAAUAGGGACAAGGUCCCAAGAGUUCGACGCACAUACACACGUCCGGCCGUGGCAGGAGCACCCGCAACAGGACAUCAAUCCGCUGCGUAUCCAUGGUUGCCUCCCCCUUCUUCGCAAACACGACGGCCUACACCAGACUUGACUUCGACACUUGUUGGCGAGGCCGCUGCAAUGGCCACUGAGGGUGCGGGAAAUGUCCAGCUCGACGAGCCCGUCCAGGUUUCGGAUUCGUCACCCACUCCUGUUCCCGUGAACGGCCCGACCUCGCAGCACGGUGUUUUUGGGACACUGGAUCCUUUACAGAAUCUGCGCAACAUUGCAGCUCCGAGUCUAGGCCCCACCGCAUCACCUGCGGCCGGGGGCGGGGUGUGGGAUUUGCUAGGUAUGGGCGCCGGUGCACGAGUGAGGGGCACUUACAGGCAGCAGGCGGUGACCUCGUAUUACAACGACCCGCUGGAGCACGCACGGCACCUGCAGAUCAUGCGAUUCAUUGUCGAGAGCGGCAUGCCGUUCAACUGCAUGAAGCUUGAGAGCUUCAAACGCAUGUUGACGUUGAUCAUCUCACCUGGGGUUCCAAGAGUCCCCACCCCAAAACCCCCAACGUAUCACAUGAUCCCUACUUACGGUUGCACGAUAAUGGCAGACGGUUGGAGCAACAUUCGGGGCCAAACGUUGUGCAACUAUCUCUUCGGCACUACACGGGGCGCCACAUACGUCGCGACAGAUGUUAUGCAAGGAAAGAAGGAUGCCACUGCUCUGGCGCAGGCUUGGCUGCGAAGGUUGAAGUCCCUUGACAUCAAGCUCGCCGACAUCACCGCUUUCGUCACAGACUCUGCCAGUUCGAACGUUUCUGCGAUGGAGGUGUUCCAGAAGGAUGAGAGUGUCAAACACAUCUUCUGGAUUCCUUGUGUGGCACACGUCAUGGACCUCAUCCUUGAGGACAUCGGCGGCAUUUACUGGGUGGCGACCCGCAUUGCUCAGGCGCGUUUGGUCAUAAAGUUUUUCAAGCGUCAUAGCCACGCUCGCGAAGUUUUGCAAGCUUUCACGACGAAGGCUCUGCUGCUUUCCGCCGAGACUCGCUUCAGUACGCAUGUGAUUAUGAUGCGACGACUUCUUCUGCUGCAAUCGCGUCUUAUGCAGGUGGUCGUUGAUGAUCGAUGGAAGGACACUGUUUGGUCAACGAAGAAGAUUCGAGACGACGACGGGGAGAUCACAGCAUGUGUCGGUUGUCCUCAAUGGUGGGAGGAUAUGAGAGCGGUGUGCAAGUUGUUAGAUCCCAUCGUGGACAUGCUGCAGAUGAUGGACAGCGACACGAGGCAGAUUGGCAAGAUUCUGCAUAGGUACGACGAGAUGAUCGCGCGUUGUUUGUCUGCAUGUGCCGCUUUGGAGAUGGACGAGCAGGAUGCGCUGCUUGAAGUGUUUGACAGACGCCGCACCAUGUUCAAGUCGCCUGCUCAUGUUGCUGCCAYGAUGUUGGACCCCGAGUUUCGAGACCGCACGAUGCUAGAUGACGAGGAGAUGCAGCACGGUUUGAAACUCGCUCUGAUUCAGUUUGGGUACCCGGAACAUUCGGAUCAGCACAACGAGGUCCUCACUGCCAUUGACAAGUUCCAUUCCAGGGAGCCGCCGUUCGACGACGUGGCCAUGGACCGGGCGGCGAGGAGCUAUACCCAUCCAGCCUGUUUCUGGGAGUCGAAGGAGAAGAGAUUCCCGCACACGGCCUUCUUCGCUGGCAGGAUACUGCGUGUGUGGGCGACUGCGUCGCCUUCCGAGAGAGCUUGGUCGCGUUGGAGUUACAUCCACUCCAAAUCUCGUAACAGAUUGGAGGUGGCGCGGGCCAAGAAGCUCGUGCGAUGCCAUUGGAACCUUCGGCUCCUCGACAGGCAGGCUAUGUCGGACGAUGCUCCCAGUGACAGGCCACAUCCGUAUGGGAGCUGGGUGCGCUACUGGCAGCAGGUGAUGGAGGAGGUGCCCACCGACCAGCAGCUUGUGGCAGACCGAGGAGCCCGUAUGACGGUCACGAAGGAGGAGUUCACGCAGGCGAGAGAGAGGAUGCGCGUUGUGUCCCGCAUGGGAGCCACUCGUCGCUUGCGGGAGUCUGACAGGAGGAGGUAUCGUGGCGGCGGUCGCGGAGGUGGUCGUCGGGGCGGUCGCGGGCGAGGCGGGCGUGGAGGUCCUGGCGGGAGGCAUAGUGUCGCGAGUCGUGGAAGGGCAGUGGACGAGCUAGUACGCAAGCCUCGACAGCGAUGGGAUGAGGGAGACUUUUUGUACAAGAGCUCGUCCAGCGAUGACGAGGAUUUCUUCGGGACUGGCAGGCCUGCACAGGAUGGCGACAGCGAUUUCGACGACCGUCACCUAAACGUGGGCGACAAUGAUGGCGCCAGUGGCGAUGAUCACGGUGACGGAGGAGAUAGGCCACGACCUGCACAUGGCGACACGAUGCGCGCCGACGGGGCAGGGGGCGAGCACCGCACAGCAGUAGAUGAUGCUCGAGAUGGAGUGCAUGACGAUGGUUCACGACCUGUCUCGGGCGGUGACCUGAGGCGCUUGAAACGCGGACCAAGGGAAAAAGACACUAUCGCUUCACGUGUGCGCAAACGUCAUGGUGGGGUUGCUAGCAUUCCACUAUCACAAGUCCCCGCAACAGGGCAGAUUCCAGUUUCUGAGGACUCUUUMAGCGAUCACGGCGGCGAGGAGUGGAUCGAGCUGCAUGGCGGGAGCGGUCAUCCACGAGGUGACACUUCGAGUAUGCACACGACAGCUCCGAUGGGGCCUUCCGCAGCAGUCCCAGAAUCGCAACAGGGUCCAGCACUGUUGAUGCGUCAUCUCGAGGUUCAGGGAGAGAUCAGUCCUCUCCCGGCAGUGCGGGACGAGGGUUCUGUCGGUGCACUGCAUCCACUCACGUCUGCUGGAGCGGCAGUCUCAGUUGCAGCGACCUCGGAUGUGGGACAACCACUGGCAGCGGCGGAGCAAGAAAGUAUGCUCCCACCUCGCAGUGUUCAACCGCGGCCACCGCCUGCAUUGAUGGAGGGGAGUCAGGGGACCGUUGUUGUGUGUCAAGGCGAUGAUCUCCCGGAACAUGAUAUCUCACACACUCCCGCAGCCGAGCAGAGCGCCGCAGACCAUGUCGGCCUGGCAUGCCCCACCGGCAGUCUUUCGGGUACUGGCGAGUUACUGACCAUGGACUCUGCGCUCGUUUCUCUACCGGACUUGUCGACGUUGAUAUCCCCAGGUCUACCCCAUGUGUCACCGCCCAAGCCACAACAGCCUGUUGUCAUGGAGCGUGGAUCGGACGGGUUUGACGUGGCAGGAGGCGAUAUCGCCGAUAUGAUUACAAGCCCAAUGGUGUCUGCCACGCCCACAAUUUUUCAUGACAAAGAGCCGGUUUCCUUCUACAUUUCUAUGAGGGUGAAUGUGGACAAAAGGCUCGCCUUACAAGAGGAAAAGUUGAAGAAAAGACCUGAGACUAGUGGGGUGGCCGAAACAUCCAGAGUUCAGAUGAUGGAACAUGAUCCAACCAAAGGAAUCUCGAUUCGGGAGCCCCACGUUUUAAGCACUAAGUCCAUUGAGACCUCCCUCGAGGAAGUUGAAGCGGAUCAAUGCCUAAGAGUGAGGACUCAAGUCAGCGCCAGUUUUUCCGGAGAGAAAGAAGUUGUGCCUGAGAAGAGCGGUGCGGACGAAGAUCAACCAAUGAUGAACGCAAAAAUCAAGGAGAAGAAAGAGGCGAAGGGAAAAGGGGAAGGAGAGCCCACCUCGCCUCGGAAGAGGGGACCAAAGAAAUUUGAGAUGAAAUGUACCUUGGACGAGAUAGAUACUGGGGCCCCUCUCCGUGAUGCAACCCAUGCAAUGUACGCUACUCGAGUACCUAGCAGCUGACAAGAAUGCAAGGGAAUAACUUUUGAGUAUCACCAGGAAGGUGAGAGUCCCGAUGACCCAAGGGCCAACCAUCUCGGGUAACGUGGUAUCCAAAGA